AUGAAAGUGCUUCCCAUGUCGCUGGCGCUCUUAGCUUCUGCCGGCGCACAAGCAGCGGCCACGUAUUGCCCCCUGCUUGGACCUAUCUUCCCGGCUCCCACAAACCUUUCAACCGACCCAACUUUGGCUGCAGCAUUUCACAAUAUUUCUUCCAUCCUGGAACAAGCUACCAACAAUGGAACGCUAUCUGAAAAUUCGAUCUCGUUGCAGAUUUUCGACAGGAGCCACGCUGGCCCACUGCUGAGUUUCUCUUACACUGCCAGAAGUAUUAACACUACCCUGGGAGUGAGCACGGUCGACCAAGAUACAGUGUUCCGCGUGGGAAGUGUGUCAAAACUAUGGACAAUGGUUCUUUUCCUGGCAGAAGAAGGCCUAUGGCCCUUCCAAGAGCCGGUUGCAAGAUUUGUUCCAGAGCUCCGCCAAGCCGCCAUCGAGGUUGAGCAGGAUCCACGUAAAAGAUGGAAUAAUAUCGACUAUGUGCGAUGGGGUGAUGUGACGAUUGGAGAGCUAGCGAGCCAUUUGGCUGGCAUUGCAAGAGACUACGGUGUACUUGAUCUUACUGAGAUGGCUUCUCAAAUGGAGCAAUUGGGAUUCCCUGCGCUCCCACAGUCUGAAGUGCCUCCGUGUGGUGUGCCGGUUCCCUGCAAUAGAGCACAGUUCUUCAACGGGCUGCUUCGGAGCCAUCCUAUCGUGCCGACAUCAUCGACCCCAGUGUACUCAAAUGCCGCGUUCCAAAUCCUUGCAUACGUGCUGGAGACCAUGACCGGUCGAACAUAUGAGCAACUUCUUCAACGAGAUAUCAUUGAGCCACUAGGGCUUAAUGGAACAUACUACAAUACACCCAACAUGUCGCUAGGUGUCAUUCCCGACCAGCUUGGCGAAUACUAUUGGAACUUUGACUUGGGCGAUGAAGGCCCUGCUGGAGGCAUUUACUCAACUUCAAGAGACAUGGCAGCUCUGGGCCGAGCAAUUCUGAACAGCUCACUAUUUCCUCCGUUUAUCACCCGGCGAUGGAUGAAACCCGCCGCCCAUACAUCGUCCCUAGACUAUGCCGUUGGGGCUCCGUGGGAGAUUGUCUCAUUUGGCGAUGAGCCUCCACUUGAUAUUUAUUCCAAAUCAGGCGACAUAGGGGCAUAUUCAUCCAUUAUCGCGUUAUCACCAGAUUACGACGUGGGCUUCACCAUCCUUGCUGCCGGUACGGACGGCCACGCAAAGAUCGCCUUAGCCUCCGACCUUAUUUCAGCGGCUCUUCUUCCAGCCCUCAAAGCAAGUGCCAAGAACCAAGCAGCGCAGCGGUUUGCAGGAAAUUAUGCAGCAACUGAUGGCACCAACUCUUCAAUCUCCAUCACAACAGAUGCCGGGCCUGGAUUACUGGUGACAAGCUGGGUCAACAAUGGAACUGACCUCAUCCAGUCUCUGAUGACUCUCCAACACAUCAGCGACCCUUCUAUUUUUAGCAUUCGCUUAUAUCCAACCGGCCUUGAAAGUCCAGGGAGGAUAUCGUUCAGAGCUCUGAUGCCUCCAAUACUCUCAACGGCUGGACACGGACCAUUCACAUCGUCCUGCAUCACUUGGGUCACCCUCGAUGCGCAGAUUUACGGGAAUAUUGGGAUUGAUGAGUUUUUUUUUAGCCUGGAUCAGUCGGGCAAUGCCGCUAGCAUAAGUCCUCGGGUCCUGCGCAUCACUCUGCCAAAGACAUGA